ACGCGUCAGGCGGGCAUCUCAGAGCUUCCUAGCACAGGUCACAGUCCCUGGUGAACCCCGGAGGAGCCUUCUGCUCCAGGUCCCACACGGACAUUCAACUCUUCAGCUCUGAGCCAGUUUGCCAGAGGGGAUGGAGUAUGUGCGCCCCGAGGCAGAGAGCACUAAAAACCGCCUGCAGGAGAACACACCCGGGGCACUGCACACAGAGAGGCCCCUCCUCUCCCUUCACCCCUUCGGGAUUGUCCCCAGGUCCCCAGCCCUCUCCUAACUCCCUCCUCCGGUCCUCUGUGCAAUGCGGCUGUGACAGGAAAAGCAACUAUGACCUACUAUCUUCCUCUCUAAUAAAUACGGGGGAGCGAGGGGAACAUUUACAGGGAGAAACAAAAGACAACCAGAAAAUGAUGAAGCAACGUCGGACUCAGGAACUGUGUCCGAAACCUUGAUCCAGAGCCCCCUGUCCCCGGGGCAGGGCCUGGACGCUCCACUCAUGGUAGUUACUCUAGGGCUUGGGCACCAGCAGGAACGCGAGGAGGGGCUUUCACAGCAAACACGUCACCGGUAAUUGUCCCAUUUCCUCGCCCAUUGUUGCCCACAGAUUUGAAGCUAGCUUCCUUUCUUUCUUUCUUUUGCUUUCUUUCUUGAAAAAAUACUCACUGCUUCUAGUUGGCAGACUAGAGGCGAGAUUAAGCAAGGAAACUGUGAGUUACACUUUGUGGGAAUUCAGGCCUCCAUAUGUGGACAGACAUGGAAAAGGAACGAGUUUCCAAUCCUGCUCUAGGGGAAGAAGAUAAGAUUUUCCCAAUGGAUUCUCUAACAAAAUCAAUCAACCAAUUUGCUCUGGAAUUUAGCAGAAAGAUAGCUGAAUCUGCUGAGGGUGAAAAUAUUUUCUUUUCUCCAUGGGGCAUCUCAGUGUCCUUGGCCAUGCUGUAUUUGGGCACCAGAGGUGCCACUGCAUCCCAAAUAGCCCAGGUGCUUCAGUUUAACAGAGCUCAGGACAUCAAGUCUUAUCCUGAAAGUGAAAAGAAAAGGAAAACGGACUUCAACUUGGGGAAGGUUGAAGAAAUACACUCUGAUUUCCAGACACUCAUCUCCAAAAUCAACAAUCCCAGUAACGCCUAUGUACUUAAAACAGCCAACGGGAUAUACGCGGAGAAAACUUACCCAUUUCUCAGUAAAUAUUUAGAAGACAUGAAAACAUACUUCGGUGCAGAGCCACAGUCUGUGAGCUUUUUGGAAGCUUCUGACCAAAUCAGAAAGGAGAUCAACUGCUGGGUUGAAAGCCAGACUGAGGGAAAAAUCCCGGACCUCCUACCUGAUGAUGCUAUAGAUUCUGCAACCAGAAUGGUCCUGGUGAAUGCCCUUUACUUUAAAGGAACCUGGGAGCAGCAAUUCUUAGUCCAAGACACCACAGAAAAGCCUUUCCGAAUCAGCAAGACCACAAGCAAACCGGUGCAAAUGAUGUCGAUGAAGAAAAAGCUGCCCGUUUUUCACAUAGAAAAGCCAGAAGCCAUUGGCCUUCAGCUCUACUACGAGAGCCGCGCCCUCAGCCUGUUUGUGCUGCUGCCGGAAGACGCUGGGGGGCUGGAUCAGCUGGAAAAGGCCGCCACCUACGAGACGCUGAGCGAGUGGACCAGCGCAGACAUGAUGGAGAUGUACGAAGUGAAGCUGCACCUCCCCAAGUUCAAGCUGGAAGAGUCCUACGACCUCAAGUCAGCCCUGAGCGGCAUGGGGAUGAGCGACGCCUUUAGCCAGGGCAAGGCCGACUUCUCAGGGAUGUCGGCAGGGAGAAACCUGUUUCUGUCCAAUGUUUUCCACAAGUCUUUUGUGGAAAUAAAUGAACAAGGUACAGAGGCCGCAGCUGGGACAGGGAGUGAGGUGGGCUUUCGAACUAGACUCCCGACCAUUGAAUUCAAUGCAGACCACCCAUUCCUCUUCUUCAUCAAACACAACAAAACCAAUACCAUUCUCUUUUACGGGAGAUUCUGCUCCCCCUAAACCUGCUUCUCCCUUAGCAAACAAGACCAUCUUACGAUGUGAAAAAUCCAUCAUAAGAUGGAAAAACAAUGAUGAUAAAAACUAGUUUGCAGUCCGAGUGUUUUUCACAUUUGAAUAUUAGCAAAUAAACCUUGAAAUAAUG